UCGGGUACCCAAGGAGGAUUUAAAAAUAAGCAUAUUAUAAUCAAUUAAAUUUGUGUUAAAAGUUCAUCAAUAAUUAAUAAAGCCUGAUAACAGGCUAAUUUUAGAUUAUUACAUUAUUAAAUUUGAUUACACUACUAUAGCACAGCCUUUACAUGAAUAUGUUACUAUUAUCAAGUUUUCUAUUUCUCUUCUGGGUCUACAAAACAUAUGGGGCAUUCCCUAAUUUUUAUGCCCCUAUACCUUCUGAAAACCCUAAUUCUGAUCCAGGACAACCUCUAAUUUUAACUCCACUCUUAGAACAAAAUAAGAUCAAAGAAGCCCAAACUGCCUCAGAGGUGGUUUUUAAUGGUUUCAAAAAACAACAAAGUUUUGCAGGUUAUUUCACUGUAGACAAAAAAUAUGACUCGAAUAUGUUUUUCUGGUAUUUUCCUGCCCAAAGUGAUCCCACGAAUGCACCAGUAGUUCUAUGGUUACAAGGCGGACCUGGUGCUACUAGUUUAAUAGGGCUUUUCGCUGAGAAUGGCCCAUUUUCUGUUAAAAGCAAGCAUGGUUUGAAACUAAGAAAAUAUUCUUGGACUAAUAAUCAUAAUGUUAUUUAUAUUGAUAACCCUGUUGGAACAGGAUAUAGUUUCACCAAUGGAGGAUAUGCUCAAAAUGAAACUAAAGUCGGUGAAGAUUUAUAUGAAGCUUUAGUCCAAUUUUUUACAUUAUUUCCUGAUUUACAAAAAAAUAACUUUUUUGUUUCUGGAGAAUCAUAUGCUGGAAAAUAUGUCCCCGCUAUUUCAUAUACAAUCCACCAAAAAAAUCCUAGUGCAAAACUGAAAAUCAACUUGCAAGGUUUAACUAUUGGAAAUGGUCUCAGUGAUCCAGAACAUCAAUUGAAAUAUGGAGCCUAUUUGUACCAAUUAGGACUUAUUGAUGCUAAUGCAAUGAAAAUUGUCCAGGACUAUGAAUCACAAGGCGUCAAGUACAUUCAAAACAAAGAAUUUGAGAAGGCUUUUGAAAUUUUUGACACCUUAUUGAAUGGGGACUUGAAUAACCAUACAUCUUUCUUUAAAAAUGUUACAGGAUUUGAAAAUUAUUUUAAUUAUUUGUAUAAUGUGGACCCGCUAAAUUCUGAACUACUAUUUAUGGGAAAAUAUAUCCAAAGAGAGGAUAUAAGGGCAGCUAUUCAUGUAGGAAAUGUUACGUUCAAUGACAUUACUAAUGUUGUUGAAGAAAAUUUGAAAAAUGACGUUAUGCAGAGUGUAGCGCCUUGGAUUUCUGAACUAUUGAAUAACUACCGAGUAUUAAUUUACAAUGGACAAUUGGAUAUUAUUGUGGCAUAUCCACUCACUGAAAAUUAUUUAAGUAAUUUGAAAUUUUCUGGUGCUGAACAAUAUGUGACCGCUCCAAGAUAUCAAUGGCAUGUCGAUGACGAAUUGGCGGGCUUUGUAAGGCAGGCUGGAAAUCUGACAGAAAUUUUAGUAAGAAAUGCUGGGCAUAUGGUUCCUACUGAUCAGCCCAAGUGGGCAUUGGACUUGAUAUCGAGGUUUACUAGUAAUAAACCUUAUCAUACUAAUACUCAAUAGAGAUUUUUUUUUUUGUUAUAAACUUCUGAAUCUCAUCAUUGUGAACAAAAUAACUACCUGCCUGAUAAUUUUAAUGAAAUAG